AUGCUUCCGUUCAAUGCGUCCACAGCGAACCUGACGACGAGUCCGAUGUACUUGUCAACUUCACCGGCUCUAUCUCCUGUACAGCAGCAGCAGCAGCAGCAGCAGCACCAGCAGCAGCACCAGCACCAGCAGCAGGGGCAGGAGCAGGAGCAGCAAUUCCCGUACGAGACAUACCAGCAGCAGCAGCAGCAUGGGCAGCAGCUUAGGCAGCAACCCUAUUCAGAGCCAGCACAGUUAGCCACACCCCCAGCUGUCAUGGCAACGCCUGCAACAGGACCCCCAGCCACUCCAUCUGUAUUGACGGUUUAUCGACCAGUAUUCAAAGAAGUGACAGAAUCCUCGCAAUAUGGCGAGCCCAGCGCAAAGCGAGCGAAGCUGGGUGCUGGUUCGAGCCAGUGCUUUCGGACGCAGCAGGUUGUAAUUGAGCCAAUAAGUGUGCCCAUUCUACCAACAAUGCCUAUAGAAGACAUGGACGGACUGGUGCGGAUGAGUGAGUAUAACCGCGAGCUAGUAUCGGUCUUAAUGUUGUCGCAAGACAAGCUUGCCAGCAUGGAACGGGAGCAGCUGCAGAAGCGGAUUUUAGCCCUGCAGGCACCCAUCAUGGCAUCGAGCGUUUCUGCGAAUCCGGCACCACUGGGCUUCCCGGCGGCACCAGCCCUAACGCCUGUGUCGAAACCUGUGCUGGUGAUGGCGUCAACGCCAGCAGUCAAAAUGUCACCGACAAGUACACCUACACCCAAGCCUGCGGAGUCACCUCAGCAUAAAAUAGCGUCAAAGCCUGAAACCAAGCCUUCGAAGACAGAGCAAAAGCACUACGUCUGGCGCGUGUAUGUCAAGGGCCUGGUGGAAUACAAACCCGAGCAGUCACGCGAAUUUCUCAGCCACUAUGACAUCGACGACCUCGAUGUCUACCACUUCUACUUUUGCACCUCAGAUGUGUGCGAGCUUAUCACCACCAACCAUGAUGCGCCGCGGCUCGUGCGGCGACUGCGCAAACGCGGCAAAAUCAUACUCGAUGGAUUCGACCCACUGAUGUUCCGCGACUCCGAUGGCGAGUGGCGGAAGGUGAACCAGUGGAUGAGGAGCCGCUAUGCGAAGCGCCUCCUGAGCAGCUACUCUAAAAGCAGCCACCGCGACUUCCGACGCUAUAUCCACGCCUAUGCGCGGGACAUUGGCUUGGAGCUCCCAGGCGACGAGGGAGCCUCCCAGGCUGCCACAAAGGCGAGCGAAGAGCCCAUCUUCAACAUGACCGAUGAGCCGGUCGCCAGGGCCACAUGGGGGCCGUUCAUCGAGAGCACGGAGGAGCGACCCGGCAGAGCGCCAAGGGCCAGUGCUAGUUGCACUAGUGACUUUAAGCGCCGGAUCCGACGCGUGUACACCCGUGGCCUGUUCAGACCAGAUCAGCGCUACAAGUUCUUCGUCGACAAGGACUACGUGAGACAAUUUGUGGACAGGCUUCAUGAGAAAAAAAUCGGGACUAUUCGGUCCUUCAUGCCUCUGCGUCCCACGCAUCUGUCGCUGUCAGUCGACGAGCAGAGCCUACGCCAGAAGCACAACACGCAAGAUAACGCGCCAGCACAUGUGUCUGUACAGCUGGGGCAGCCGUCAAAGCUGGAGCCAACGCUGUUCCCUGGCCAGGACAUGGGCGAGUCAGCAGCGAAGUUGAGCGACUGGAACAACGAGCUUGUGACGCUGGCGCUGCACUUGCAGGAGCAGCUCAAUGAUCUGCUUGCUGCACAGCAGCGGCAACCAUCGUUAUUAAUUGCCCAGCCUUUCACGUAUCCGCUGCCUCCUGAAUCUCACAAGCAGGAGAUGCCAGUACUGCCACCAGCAAAGCUGGACCUGUCCCGACCAUGUCGCAGCGACUACAAGCAUGGCGUUCGGCGUGUGUAUACUAAAGGGCUGGAGAAAGCACAGAACAUGACAAUGAAGAAGAAGCUUGCUUCCCUCGGCGUUGAUGCCGAAAAGGUCAUCUUCUCGCACACCCUCCCCUUCCAGACACGCGAGUUUAUAGUCGUUAGCGACUAUGUAAAAGAUUUCUGCGCAAAGAUUCAGCAGUCUGGGUUCGAAAUACUCGAUAAAUUUGACCCCCUGGAUCCACAGCACCCGCUUCUCACCAGUAAACAGCAGAAGCAGUAUCCUUCGCGAUACCGUGCGUCUCUAGCUCCUGUGCUCAAGGCCUGUGUCGGAAAGGUGUACAGUCGAUUCAAAUCCUAUGCCAGGGACUAUGCAAAGGACAUCGGGUACAAGGUGUAA